AUGCUCAACCGAAUGCUUUUGAAACCUUUUGCCUUCGAGUUUCAGGCCAGGUCCUGCUCGGUUUCAUGGAUCGACGACUCGUUGUCUUUUUUCGGCGAAGAGCAGUUGGUCAAACAAACUGAAAAGGACGUGGGUGUGGUUUUUGGUGAGGUUUGGUGUCGCAACUGGUCAUUCACUCUUGAGACGAGAAACAUGCUCCCGUCCUUUGUACGUCCCGAUUCCGUCCAAACCCCCGUCGCUUUCACCUGUCCAGGCCAAGCGCGGCUCGCGCCCGGUCGGGGACCGGUCUGUGCCCUGCGGUCGCCAGAGGUGUCGACGUGA